AUGGCUCCUAGCAACCAAUAUCAAUGGCACAUCGUAGCCUUGCCUUGAAGCUCUCAUCUGUGGUAAUGAACACUUUUUUACAGAGCUUGCAGGAGUUUCUUUAAGCAACAGCAUAUUUGAGCUUUGUGUAAACAUUACCUACUUGCAGGCAGCGGAACUAGCAGUAGAGACAGGCUAGGAGCAUAUACCCUGAAUACAUAUUCGUUUCAGCUUAAUGUGGUUUGAUGGCAAAUUACCUGGAAAUUCUGCAAGUGUAAUUGCCAAUACUCUCCAGACGGAAUAAAAAUAGACAACUGAGAUAAAUGAUGAGAGCGAGUUUUGAGAUCCAUAAAUGAGUGCUCGGAUAUUUCAAAUUGGACGUAUCAUCAGUAAUAUUGAAAUUCGACUCUUUCAGCGCACUGUAUAUUUUCCCACUUACACGUGAAGUCUUGACACUGUACCAGUGUUUUGUUCACAAAUUUGUCAACAGGAGAAUCAUAGCAUGUGGGAUGGUCAUUUUUUGAGAGCAGAUACUUCAGAGUGGAUGGGUAUGAUUGAAUUCUUUGGAAAAUUGGAUGAUACACUACAAGCAACUGACCGAUGGUGAUUUUGACUUGUUUUCAUGGAAGAAACGAACAUUGCACUCACAAGAAGCCCCCACAUGCUGACCAGUCCUAGUUCUUGAAACAUAGUCUAUUGACAGGAGAAAAUGUUUCGACCAAAUGGACGCAGCGGAGGAGCGGUCAAGGUAGUGACCGACGGGCGGUUACCCAUGGUUACCCUUGCCCCUCUGAACAUUGAGGAGGAAGAGGAAGAGGAGGAGGAAGAAACUUUUGUGGAAUCCGGGAAGCUGAAGGAUACGGCACCAUUUAUCAAAGGAGAUGAGUCAUUAGGAUGCUGUGUAUAUUUUUUGAUGAUCUGCUCGUAUCUUCUUGUUGCCAUCACAUUUCCAUUUUCAUUGUUUUUCUGUCUCAAAGUCGUCCAAGAAUAUGAGAGAGCGGUCAUCUUCAGGAUGGGUCGGUUGUUACCGGGCGGGGCUAAAGGACCUGGUAUUUUCUUUAUUCUUCCAUGCAUUGAUAACUAUGUCAAAGUGGACCUGAGGACAGUUUCAUUUGAUGUACCCCCUCAAGAGGUUUUAUCCAAAGACAGUGUCACCGUAGCCGUAGAUGCCGUGGUCUAUUACAGGGUCCACAACCCCACCAUUUCAAUUACAAACGUGGAGAAUGCACAGAGGAGCACAAGGCUACUGGCGGCCACGACGCUUCGGAAUGUUCUUGGUACGAAGACGCUGGGCGAGAUGCUGACGGACAGGGAGAGCAUCAGCAGUCAGAUGCAAUCGGUGCUAGAUGAGGCAACCGACCCCUGGGGGGUCAAAGUUGAAAGGGUAGAAAUUAAGGAUGUGAGACUACCAGUUCAACUCCAGAGAGCCAUGGCAGCGGAAGCAGAAGCAGCCAGAGAAGCAAGGGCAAAGGUGAUAGCUGCAGAAGGGGAACAGAACGCAUCCAGAGCGCUCAAAGAAGCAGCGGACGUCCUCCAGGAAUCACCAGCGGCGCUUCAGCUACGGUAUCUCCAAACCCUCAACACCAUCUCAGCAGAGAAAAACUCCACCAUCAUCUUCCCGUUACCAAUCGACCUCCUGACAGGAUUCAUGGGCGGGGACCACGCGGCGUCGGCUCCCUGCAUGGAGGAGGUCAAGAUGGUAGAGUGAAAGGUCAAAGGGGUCGUGACCCUGAUUGCCUCUGACACAAGACUUUGAACCUUGGUGAUUCCCUCGCUCACCACGCAGCAUGGAAGAUGCACUCUAACCCCUCUGGCAAUGGCAUUUGAUUGAACGCCUGUGACCAACAGCUUAUCUCACCCAAUGCACUAUUAUUCCUAAGGUGAUGGCAUAUGACUGAGAGCUGUUUGACCAACGACAUUCUGACCAUUGCACUGUAAUUCCUUUGGAGAUGGUAUUCCAUGUUAUCCAAUGGGGGUAAUCAAUUUUGAAAAGGGAAUCAAAAGCCAUUCACAAGACUCCUCUGUAAUUUCUGAUCAAGUUCCUACACAAGACUCUUUUCUCCCAUGUUUAAAAUAUCUGUGAUUCUUAAAGGUUGUUUGGGUCGUGAGCUAACUUCA